UCCUGUUUGUCCCAGAGCCAGUAUAAGUCCUGGGUUGUUCCUCUUCUUUCAACACCCCACUUCCUGUCAGCAUUGCAGCUCAAGGCUUGGUCCCAGGAGUCCAGGUCCCAGGAGAGGGAAGUUGAGGAGCUCAGAACAUGAACACCCCCAAAAGCCCCCCAUCUGGGGCAGAGAUGUCCGGUACAGCUGACAUAGUCAGUGGAGCAGAGAUGGCCAGUACAGUCCAGCAGUGGCUGGCGCAGACGUUGGAGGUAAUGAGCAAGGAGGAGCUGAAGGAGUUCCAGCAGUGGCUGCCUGAUAAAAAACCCUGGGAGCCCUCUCCCAGUGGGACCUCAGCUCAACCAGAGAAGGCCAGCAGCAUGGAGGUGGCCUCACGCAUGGUGGCUCAAUACGGGGAGCAGCGGGCCCUGAACUUGGUACUCCACACUUGCCAGCAGAUGAACUUGAGAAAGAUGUUAGGUCAAACCAAGCACCUGGUGGUCUUUGAGUCAGUACUGCAUGGGGUUGCUGGAAUCGGAAAGUCAACACUGGCCAGGCAGGUGAGGAGAGAAUGGGAGGAGGGCCGGCUGUACAGGGACCGCUUCCAGCAUGUCUUCUACUUCAACUGCAAAGAGCUGGCCCAGUCCGAGGCAAUGAGUCUCACUGAGCUCCUCAUGAAGGACUGGACUGGCUCUGCAGCUCCCAUUGAACAGAUCCUGUCUCAGCCGGAGCAGAUGCUCUUCAUCCUUGAUAAUUUAGAUGAACCAAAGUGGGACUUGAAAAAAGAGAGCUCUGAGCUCCAUUUGCACUGGAGCCAGCAGCAGCAGGUGCCCAUACUCCUGGGAAGUUUGCUGGAGAAAACCUUACUUCCCAAGGCAUCCCUGCUGAUCACAGCUCGGACCACACCAGUGAUGUGGAAGCUCAUCCCUUCUUUAAAGCAGCCACGCUGGGUGGAAGUCCUAGGGUUCUCUGAGUCUGCCAGGAAGGAAUACUUCUACAAGUAUUUCACACAUGAAACCCAAGCGAUUAGAGCCUUUAGCCUGGUUCAAUCCAACCAGGCACUCUUGACCACGUGUCUAAUGCCCUUGGUGUCCUGGCUGGUCUGCACUUGCCUGAAGGAACAAAUAGAGCAGGGGCAGGAACUGUCACUGACAUCCCAAACCACCACAGCCCUCUGUCUGCAUUACUUUUUCCACAUCCUCUCAACUCAGUCUAUCGGGACUAAACUGAGGGACUUCUGCUCUCUGGCUGCUGAGGGCACCCGGCAAGGAAAGACCGUGUUCAGUCUCGAGGACCUCGGGAAACAUGGGUUAGAUGGGGCCAUUGCCUCUACACUCUUAAAGAUGGGUGUCCUUCAGAAGCACCCUACCUCUCUGUGCUACAGCUUCAUUCACCGGUGUUUCCAGGAGUUCUUUACAGCAAUGUCCUGGGUGUUGAUGACUAAAGAGGAGGAAGACAUAACGGAUAUGAUAUGUCUUGGUAUAUGGGAUCAAUUGCAUAUGGUACAUGGGAUAGAUUUUCAUACACCAUUUGGGACACCAACCACAUGUUUCCUAUUUGGCCUCUUGAGUGAGCAGGGGCUGCGAGAGAUGGAGAACAUCUUCAAAUGCAAUCUAUCUCAGGAAAGGCAUAGAGAUCUGCUGCAGUACACUAGAAGGGAGCUCUGCUUAAAACAUUCCGCCCCACCACCUUAUUCUUGGCAUUUGCUCCAUUGUAUGUAUGAGUUCCAGGACGAGAAGUUUCUGAGAGAAACAAUGGCCAACUUCCAAGGAAUGACAGUGAACGUCGAAAAUGACAUGGAGCUCCUGAUGUUCACCUUCUGCUUUAAAUUCUGUUACUGCAUGAAGCUUCAACUGAAAGAGGGUGGACAGUACAGAGAAGCACAGAGGCCCCCUGGUGUCAUUCUGUCCAGCUGGGUCCCAUUCACAGAUGCCUGGUGGAAGAUUUUCUUCUCCAUUCUCAAAGUCACUGGAAGCCUGAAGGAGUUGGACCUGAGUGGAAACUUCCUGAGCUGCUCUGCAGUACAGAGUCUUUGUGAGGCCCUGAAAUGUCUUCACUGCCACCUGGAGACCCUGAGGUUGGCCAGCUGCAGCCUCACAGCAGAAGGCUGCAAGGACCUUGCCUGCGGGGUGAGUGCCAGCAGCACCCUGACCGACCUGGACCUGAGCUUCAACAUGCUCCUGGACGCCGGCGCUGAGCACAUUUUUCCGAAGCUGAGACAGCCAAGCUGCAAGCUGAGGCGACUGCUGCUGGUCAGCUGUGGCCUCACGUCCAGCUGCUGCCAGGACCUGGCAUCCAUGCUCAGUGCCAGCCCCAGCCUGACAGAGCUUGACCUGCAGCAGAAUGACCUGGGUGAUUUCGGCUUCAGGCUGCUCUAUGAAGGGCUCAGGCAGCCUACCUGCCGACUUAGGCUCUUGUGCCUGGACCAGUCUCAGCUGAGUGAGGAGGUGACACAGAUUCUGAAAACCCUGAGGGAGGAGAAGCCUCAACUGCUCAUCUUCAACAGAUGGAAGCCAAGUCUGACGAUCCAGAAGGAGGCCCCAUGUGGAGGAGAUAUGAGUGAUGACGAAUCUACACUCAGAUGGCAGGAAUUAGAAUCAGGGGACCUGCACGUGCAGCUUGUGGACACUAAAAAUGACUUCUUGGGCCCCACAGGGCCUGUGGCUUCGGAGGUAGUUGACAAAGAGAGGAGCCUGUACCGAGUUCACUUCCCUGUCGCUGGCCCCCACUACUGCUCCAACAUGGGUCUCCGCUUUGUGGUGAGAUGGCCAGUGACCAUUGAGAUUGAAUUCUGUGCCUGGGACAAGUUCCUAAACAAGACUGCCAUACAGCACAGUUGGAUGGUUGCAGGACCUCUUUUUGAUAUCAAGGCUGAUCCAGGAGCCGUGGCAGCUCUGCACCUCCCUCACUUUGUAGAACUGCAAGGGGGUCAUGUGGACAUCUCCCGGUUCCAAGUGGCCCAUUUUAAAGAGGAGGGGGUACUCCUGGAAAAACCAGCCAGGGUGGAGCCGCAUUACAUAGUCCUGGAAAACCCCAGCUUCUCUCCCAUGGGAGUUCUGCUGAGAGUGAUCCGUGCUGCCCUCUACACCCCUGUCAUCUCCAACGUGUUGCUCUACCAUCGCCCACUGUUACAGUUGUUUCUUCCUAUCUGUUUUCCUCCAGGAGACCUCAGACCUGCAUCUACUCCCAUUUCUCCAGGCCUGAGAGAUGCCCCAACCUUGCCACACUUUGUGGACCGGCAUCGAGAGCAGCUGGUGGCUCGAGUGACAUCGGUGGACUCUGUCCUGGACAAGCUGCAUGGACGGGUGCUGAGCGAGGAGCAGUAUGAGAGGGUGAGGGCCGAGCCCACCAACCCAAACCAGAUGCGGAAGCUGUUCAGCUUCAGCAAGUCCUGGGACUGGGCCUGUAAAGAUCAACUCUACCGAGCCCUGAAGGAGACCCAUCCUCAUCUAAUUGUGGAACUCUGGGAGAUGCAGGAGGAUAUGAUUGUGUGAGCCCUGCACAACCACAGCACCUGAGGUGUGAACAGCUGCUUAUGAGUCCUGGUUCUGCUGACCACUCUUUGGGUUUCAGCUUCUUCGUCUCUAAACAUGUUGCAACCUGAGUUGCCUUCUAGCCGUAAAGUUAUGGAACUUUGAUGAUGCAUUUGCUGGGCAUGCUAUGUCCAUGCCAUGGAUGCCAAACGGUCCCCCAGACUGCCUCCCUUGGCAUUCACAGGACAGCUGUCCAAUGGGAUGACAGCAUCUCAGAGAAUGUCCACCUGUAGCUGGCAGGACAUCUGCAGACCGUGCAGAAACCUAACUCAAGAGCCUCAUGUAGUGGUGACCACAGCCCAGCCUAGAGCCAUCCCUGUGCCAUCCAGAUAGAAGUAAGAAAAAAGAGGGAGUGGGACUGGACAUGUCCAGCUGCAGAAAGAUAAUGGAAAUGGACACCUUAAGAGUUUUGAAUGGCUGGUGAAUAGGAGAAAACAACAGGUUUAGUUUUCAUUGUCCAUGUUGCACUUGGUUUUUCUAUUAGUGAAUUGUGCUUUGUUGUUUCUGAAGUCUAGGUGAAUUGCUAGAGCCAUGAGAGGGGUGAAGAAGGAGAUUACAGGGGAAAUGCAGCCUAGGUUUUAGCUUAGAUGCCUCCUUCUGUGGAAAGUGACUCCAUGCCCUGCACCUGGCUUAGGUACCACUGUCUUGUGCCCCUGCAGCACCUUUUGUCCACACCCCAUCAGACCACUCAGCACAUGACAUUGUCCCUCUUGUGUCAUUGCUGGUCUCUCCCCCACUAGAUCUUUAGCUCCCUGAAGGCAGGAGCCAUGACUGCUUUGCUCAUCAGUUUAUUCCCAGUGCCCAGGGCAGUGCCUGGAACGUGGUGGGUAUUAAGUGAGGACUUAUGAGUAAGUAAAUGGUAGAGAAACAUUCCCCAGAUACAUCCUUUAAUUCCUUUCCUGGCCUCCAUACUGUAUUAAUCCAGGGGUACACACUAGUAACAAUUUCCCAGUGAGUAGGCCACCCCAUUGGACUCAGUGAAUCAGUAAUCUUAGAAUUUCAACUAUUGUUGUUGAAACAUUUAUACCAAUGUUGUUCUCAACGUGUAAGAGCAAAGCUUCCCUCAGGCUGCCUGAGCCUAAGACACAGUGGCCCAAGUUGAUUGCGCCUCCCUCUCCGUCACCCUCCUCCCUCAGAAUCACAUUCCUGCCAUCCGCUUGGGCCUCCCCCUGUCCUUAGCCUCCACCACACAGCCUAGGGUGUCUCUUCUUUGUCCUCCCUGACUCUGAGGUCAAUCUGUCAGUGAAAUGAGGUAACUCAGGUAUGAGCUCAGAUCAGUGUUCAGCUCAGAGCACAUAGUGAGUAUACAACAAGCAGCAGGUAUCGCCUGGUGUCACUGCUCCCUGGGUGUGUGAGAGGGGUCAGCAUAUCUCUCAACCUCCCACAACUGCUCCCAAAAAAAUCAAUAGGGGCAGUGCACAAAAAUCAAGAAACUCAUGAAUGAAAAGCCCCACUGUUGUGGCAGCAUCCCAGUUGCUUCAUAAGCACGUGCAGAGGUGCCAAUUUAUGGACCCUUUGACUUUUGCUCAGGUCACAUUGCUAACGUGUUCGGUACAUUUUGCUGACUCUGUCAGGACCUUCCUCUGGAUGAGAGAGUUCCUGAACUAUGGUUCCCAGCUCCUAGCACUAUCCUCUAGUGAAAGUGGAGUCCAUCAGGACACCCAGACUUGAAAAGGAAGUUCUUUGCCUAAGAUCCAGGGAAGUGUGCUGCUUUCUGGUUCCAGGUAGGAUAAGCCUGUGCAGAAGGCAUG